AUGUUUUUAAAUCUUACCCACUUUGAUUUAAGGGACCAGGAAUUAUCACUAGCUCUAAUUUCGAAAAUGUGUUUAAAUACCAGAUAUAUUGACCUAGUGAAUCACUACAAUGCAUUGUCUUAUGAUUCUCCAGUGUUUGCCAAUCUAGUUUUUUGGCGUUGUCAACAGUUAUGUCAUGUGAAAUAUAGAUGUGCACUAUGGGGUGAACAUCAACAAGUUUUAAAUUCACCUCGUAUUGUUUUAAAUCAGUUGUAUUUGUCAAGCUUUUCUCUUUUAAUUCUACUGAAUCAACCAAUGAAAAUAAAAGAAAAAUAUGUUUAA